AUGUCCGGAUACGACGGCUACAACAACCAAGGCUACUACGGCCAGGGCGGCCACCAGCAGGGAGGCUACAGCCAGGGUGGUUACGGCCAGGGCGGCUACGGCCAGGGCCAGGGCGGAUACCCCCAGCAAGGAUAUGGCCAGCAGGGUGGAUACGACCAGUACAAUCAGCACGGUGGCCAGGGUGGCGGCAGUGCCAACGACUACUAUGGCGGUAGUGGCCAGCAGUCCCAGUAUGGUGAGGGCCAGUACGGUCAGCAGCAGCACCAGGGUGGUCAGCAGCAGUACGGCCAGGACCAGCGCGGCGAAUACAACCAGGGUGCCCCCGGCGGAGCCCAGGAGGGUGAGCGUGGACUUGGUGGUGCCAUUGCCGGUGGUCUGGCGGGCGGAUUCGCCGGUCACAAGGCCGAUCACGGAUUCCUCGGAACCAUCGGUGGAGCCAUCAUGGGAAGCAUUGCCGAAGACGCUAUCAAGAAGCACAGGCACAAGGAUGAGCAGCAGCAGGACUACCAGAGCAGCUAUGGUGGCUACCCCCCUCAGGGUGGUGCCCCUCCUUCCCACGGCGGCAGCGGCGGCAUGAUGGACCAGCUCGGCGGCUUCUUCAAGCGAUAG